UCAACACGAAACAUGUGUGUGAAACACGGAAGUAAACUUAUUAUAUUUAGCACAUGUAAACGCAUCAAAUAAACAUGACAUUUUGCUUUUGUAAAAGAUAGUUUUAUAGAAUGCGCGAGACCGGAUAUUGCCUUAAACGUUAGACACGACACGUCCAUCAAGAAUUACGCGCCCAAACUCCAGUUUUGAUGUUUUGUCUCUCCAGUGCAGGGGCUUGUCUGAACAUGGCCGCCCAGUCUAGAGAUGUGACCCCACCGCGGUGAUGGAAAGAUGAAGACGGAGGUGCCAGAUUCAUCUCUCCUUGAUUCUUCUCACUAUAUGUUGUUUGUAGGAGGAGCUGAAGAAAAGAAAAAAAGGAAUAGAUGGAGAGAGAGGAGAAUAAACAGGCAGAGGAGAAAGUGUGGCUGGCCACAUCUGAUAGAGAAAGAGAUGAAGAAGGACAUAUUGAUGGUUUUUCAGCUGAAAGAGGAGCGAUGAUGGGGACGGAAGGGGGUCUGGUUUUACCAGGUUUCUUUGGGAACGCACAGUUGGAGGAAAGUCCACCAUUAGGACUCUCUCUUUCCUCGGACCAUGCGGACACCUGGGCUCCGUCCAUCUUGACGUCCUCUUCCUCCUCUCUGCCCUGUCUCUCUCCUCCUCUUCGUCCGUCGGUGGGGCUGGAUGGUGUGCUGGCAGAGGAGCGGCUGGUUCUGGACGUGUAUCGGGGCGGAGGAGAGGUUCUCCCUGUGUUCUGGGAGUGUGUUCAGGAGCGGAUGAGAGGCCUGCAGUACCUCAGACUAGGAUCAGAGGACGAGGGGGUGCUAGAGAGAGCGCUGGGUGUCCUGCCCCGACUCACACAACUGCGCUCUCUGACUAUCAGAGGACACCGUUUCCAUGACCCUCAGGGUGACCCUCUUCCCGGCCUGCUCUCCUCUCUCCCUGACUCCGUCUCCUCUCUGUCUCUCCUCGUUCACCUUGAUCUCUCCUUCAACCGUCUCUCCUCUCUUCCUCCCUGUCUCCUGUCUCUCUCUCAUCUCUCGGAUCUCCUGCUGUGUCAUAACCGGCUGACGGGUCUGCCGGAGGGUCUGAGAGCGCUGGUGUCCCUGCGGCGGGUGAGUCUGAUGGGGAACAGGCUGGUGGAUCUGCCCCGGAGUGUGGGCCUCCUCUGCAGGCUGGAGGAGCUGGACAUGUCCUUCAACCAGCUGGAGAGACUUCCAGAUGAACUCGGCCAACUACAGGACUUACAAAAACUAGAGCUGUCAAAUAACAGGCUCAGAUCACUGCCAGAGACUCUGGGGUCUCUCCGCUCGCUGAGACAGCUAGUAAUCCAGAGUAAUGAUCUGAGGAGUGUUCCUGAAUGUUUGCGCUCCCUCCCGCUGCUCGACAAACUGGACUUGAGGAAUAACCCGCUGGGUCGACCGCUGACGCCCCCACUGAUCGCCCACGUGACCCCAGUUCUGGAAGAAUCUGAGAUCCCAGAGCUGCACCUCGGAUUUCAUCAACACAGUUUUCACGUAUCACCUGCUGGCUGUCACGUGUACCUUCCUGGAGGGGCGGAGCUGUUGUUUCCACGGAGAUGCGUAAAUGCACCGGUAGAGGUGUGUAUUCCAUAUCACAAAGCACGGAAAGGUGAUGCUGCUGUUCGCAGGUUUGAUGGUCGGUCUUGGACGACACUACCCACCCUGACCAGAAGGGGAAAUGAGAAACACAGCUGCAGGCCAGGGGGACGCCCAGUGCGGUUGGCCUGCUGCAGUGUGUCACAGUUCUCGUGGUUUGUGGCCGUCUCGCGCCCUUUCCUGGACAGUUGCUCUGUGUCUCCAGACGGGGCGCUGCUGGUGUCUCAAUUUGACCCGGGGAUUAAACUUACUCUCCCUCCAGAGUGCACAACAGAGACACGUACGGUCACAAUGCAGGUCCUGCAGGUGGCGCUGUCUGAAGUGCAGGAACUGACCGGAGACCCUCAUGCGAGUGCCAGCCCACUGUUGUGCCUCUCUCAAACUCCCAGCAUGCACUUCCUUCAGCCAAUCAGAGUGCAGAUUCCUCUUCCACCUGGAGUGACUGCAAUGGUUACAAGCAAAACAGCUGACAACUGCUUGAAACAGUUCUGGGUUAGUUUUCUGGCGCUACAGAGAAAAAACGACCCAGAGCAGGUUCUGCUGCAGUGCCUGCCAUCGGACAAGGCUGAAAGCAGGUUGGUGUCUCUGUUGGAGCAGUAUGAAGGUCCUCAGCCGUCUGAGUUGUGCGUCCUGCUGGAGGGAGAGCAGUUUUUUGCCGGUUUUGAGAGAGGCAUUGACAUCAAUGCAGACCGUCCGGACUGUAAAGAUGGCAGACUCUCAUUCACCUUUUACUCUCACCUGAAGAACAUUAAAGAGGUGCACGUGUGCCCGACCCACCCACAGCAGGGCACAGUGAGAGGACAGGUGUCAUUUUACCGCGGUGAAGUGCCCAAUGAUCUUCCAGAGGAAAUGGCGAGUAAAAGAAAAGGUCAUGACAACCAGUGGAUGGCGACACUUCCUCUCCGGAUUCCUAACGCAGACUGUGAUGGGAGCAUCUCCGGCGAGCUGAACCUGGGCGACCCAGAGAGCGGCUACCUGACACAGACCAACCUGCUGUCCAUCUCCUUACGCAUCAACCAAGAGUGGCAGAAUAUCGGCAUCAACCUGGGCAUCAGCUACGACCAGCUGGAACGCAUCCAGAACCAACACAGGGACUUUGGGGCCCAGGUUUUGGCGAUGCUCUUUCAUUGGGCGAGAGCGCAGCAGGGGGCGGGGCCUGGGGCAGUGCAGCGGCUGAUGAAAGCGCUGGUGGACAGUGGUAGGCGGGACUUGGCGGAGGAAGUAGAGGACGUAGUGACUCUGGGGAAGAGGAAGUAUGAGGAAUCACUAAAGAGAGUCGGACUGGAGACGGCAGCCAGCUCUACAGACCCUCAGUCCAGCUGACACACACUCACAUUGUGCUGCCAACAUCAUGACAUAUAAACUCCCACCCGCAGCACUGCAGACCAACAGUGACACACGCAGACAUGCAGUACAACGUCUCGUCUCACAGGACAGUCACGGGGUCUCAGAGCAGCUGGCUGUCUGAAUGAUGUCUUCAUUAGAAGUCUGUCUCUCUCUCCUGUGCCUCUCCAGCUCACAGUGUCCAGCAGAUGUAUUUUAUUUGUAGUGAGACACAAUGCUGCACAUUUACACUGAGCCAAAUGAGCCAUCCGGACUUGUUACAUGUUCUUAGUGUUUUAACUAAGAAACAAUCAAAAAUAUUUUUUAUGUAUGAGGGUGAAUCCCACGCAUCCUCUCAAAAAAGGUCAUAUUUCACCCUAAAAUCAAAUAAAAAAUGUGAUUAAUUUAACGUUAACUUAUAUUCAAUAAAUAGUUAUACAUUUUGCAUUAAAAAAAUGAAGCUAUUUUGGGACAAGCACAUUUUAUCCCCCCUUCCUCAUUACUGAAAUGUU